AUGGCAUAUCCACGUAUUGCUGUCCUGGGAACAUGCGACACAAAACUAGCAGAAACACUCUUCUUACGGGAUCAAAUCAUACGCUCAGGAGAAGCCGACGUACUAUUACUCGAUGUCGGCAGGACGCCAGUCCAGAACAAUUAUAUUAACAUAUCAAAUUCAGAACUCGCGUCUCGCAAAUCUGCAGAUGGCCCAUCCUCACUGGCUCAAAUGUCCCGAACAGAGUACAUUAAGUACAUGAUUGAAUGUGCAACAUCCCUUGUGACAGAAUUGUUUCAAAAGGGAGAAAUCCACGGUAUCGUGUCGGCCUCUGGUUCCAGCGGGACAUCGCUCGUAACAGCAGUGAUGCGUAAUGCAUUACCUGUCGGAUUCCCCAAGUUCAUGGUUUCGACCAUGGUCAGUGGAGAUGUUUCGCAUCUCGUCGAGGAGACGGAUAUCACUCUGAUGUACAGCGUGGUGGAUAUUGCGGGCACGAAUGCCAUUCUCAACCAGAUACUUACCAACGCCGCUGCUGCAAUUACAGGCGCAGCAACGGCGUAUUGUCGGAACGGGGGUACCACAUUGGCGAAUGUAGCCGCAAAGCAGCGAAAGAAGAGGGUAGCUAUCACCAUGUUUGGAGUCACGACUCCAUGUGUCGACGCUAUUCGGGAACAUUUAGAGUCAAACUAUGCCCACGAGGUGUAUGUUUUUCAUGCAACUGGUUCUGGAGGCAAGGCUAUGGAACGAUUGAUCCGUGAAAAACAGUUGGAUGCUGUACUCGAUAUAACGACGACAGAGAUUGCCGAUGAACUAGUCGGGGGCGUUCUAUCUGCUGGGCCGCAGCGACUGACCGCAGCAGCAAAGGCCGGAAUCCCACAAGUCAUAAGCGUAGGAGCAUGUGAUAUGGUCAAUUUUGGGCCUAGAGAUAGUGUCCCUACUGAGUUCAGUUCUCCAGGGAAUAAACGUUUAUUAUAUGAACAUAAUCCAGCAGUCACCCUGAUGCGAACUACCCAGGAAGAAUGCACCCGCAUCGCUGAGUUUAUCGCGUCCAAGCUACGAGAUCAAGCGGUCCGGCCGGACCUAGUGAAAGUUAUCCUACCCACUGGUGGGAUAAGUAUGAUUUCUACUCCGUCGCAGCCAUUCUAUAAGCCAGAGUCGGAUACCGCCCUGUUUGACACGCUAGAGCGCCACUUGGAGGGAAGUAACAUUGAAGUGAAGCGUGAUGAUCGAGCAAUCAAUGACAGGGGAUUUGCUCUAUUAGCAGCCGAGUUACUAGUAGAAGUCGUACGCAAGAAAGAGGCCGAAGAGCAGAGCGAUAACGAGUUCAAAUGCUCAUAUCAAUACAUGUAUUCUAUUAAAGAAGAGAAGAAAAUGGAAAUGGAAAUGGAAAUGGAAAUGGAAAACAUGCCCUGGGUCAUCUAA